AUAUAGUAUGGGCUUUGAAAAAGAGCGAAAAAAAACGGGUGAAUGAAUGUCUGUAGAAGAAGAUAUAGAUAUGUCGGGAUCUUCGGGGUUUAAUGAGGAUAUAAUGGGAGAAAUAGGCCGGGAAAUAUUAGUAGAAAGGGACGAAGAAUACGUAUUAGAUGAUAAAGUGAUUCUUGUCGUUGAUACAAACUUUGUGAUAUCUCAUUUAUCAUUGAUUUCCGAUCUAAGCAGUCAGUGUGAAGCAUAUAAAUAUGUUAUUAUAUUUCCAUGGACAACGAUUCAGGAGCUGAAUGGGUUAAAACUAUCAGGAAAUAGGAUAGAGGGACAUGGAGGAGAAGAUAUGGCGUUUUGUGUGCGAAGAGCGACGGAUUUUAUAUAUAAAUCAUUGUUACAGAAAGAAAGUUCAAUAAGAGGACAAAAAAUGACGGAAGUGAUAGAUGCGACGCUUACGGGAGAUGAUUCUAUUCUUGAUUGUUGUAGAUAUUGGCAUGAAAAGCGUUUUUUAAAAACUAUUUUACUAUCAAAUGAUAAAAACCUCUCAAUUAAGGUUAUGAUUCAUGGGAUUUAUUCUAUUUCAUAUCAACCUGGAAUGACAUUAGAGCUUCUUUUAGAAGAAAUAUCAAAAAAACUUGAUCAUUAUUUGAAACAGAAAGAUUUUGAUGAAUUGCAAAAUAUUGAUAUGGAAAUAGAUGAUAUUCAGGGAGAUUCAUUUCAAUCUUCAAAGUCUGUUGAUGAUAAUUUGUUUCUAAGAAAUACCAAACAAAAUCUGGAAUUUAAAGAGGAUUGCAUGUAUAUUGAUUGUAUUCCUUUAAGAGAUACUCCUCUUUCGGAUGAAUAUCGCACUUUUUUAGCUGAAUUAUUUCAAGAUAUUACAACAACUGUUAUAGAAACAUCAAAAAUUUUACUUAAAAAACAUAUGGCUAAAGUUCUUGGAAAUGAUUUCUCCGCUGAAUAUUUAUUAAAAGGAUGCACAUUUCCUCCAAAACGUAUUAAUGAUCUCUUUCAUAUUAUUCAAAAACACUGGAAUACUAUCUUUAAAGAACUAUUUAAAACAUAUGCAUAUAAAGAAAGGAUUAUAGAAAUGACAAAAGCUUAUCAACUUUGGUCAAAAUGGGCUUUAUUAGGUAUCGGCAUUGGUCCUUCUCCAAUUCAAUUAUCAAACUGGGUCGAAGAAAUCAUUACAUUUUGGAAAACUUUAACAACCGUUUCUAAUACAGACACCACACUGGAUAAUGAUAUACUUCAUAAAAAAAUAUUAUGGUGUCAACAAAUAAAAAACUUAAACGAAAAAAUCAUUUAAAUCUCUUAAUAUAUAUUGUAAAUUAACAAAUUGUUUUGUUAACUCA